GCCCAAUCAGUCAUGUUACCAUUCUGGACUUCUCUACUCGUCCUUGGUGCAGCCGGAGUCCUGGCACAAAACGACACCGUAGUGGAACCGCGCAUUGUGGGCGGCACCAGGGCGAGGGAGGGUCAGUUUCCCCACCAGAUCUCACUUCGCCGACGUGGAAGCCACACUUGUGGUGGCUCCAUAAUCUCCAAGGACUACGUUGUCACCGCCGCCCAUUGCGUUAAGCAAGGCAACAAUGUAGCUCCAGCUAACCAGCUGGAGAUUCAGGCGGGCAGCCUGCUCCUUUCCAGCGGCGGAGUUCGCGUUCCCGUGGCCACCGUCACCGUGCAUCCCAGUUACCAGGGCAAUGGCCACGAUGUCGCUGUGCUGCGACUGCGCAACUCGCUGACCUUCAACUCCAACAUAGCCGCCAUCAAGCUGGCCACCGAAGAUCCGCCCAGCAAUGCCAACGUGGACAUCUCCGGCUGGGGCGCCAUCUCCCAGCGCGGACCGCUCUCCAACUCCCUGCUGUACGUUCAGGUGAAGGCUCUGUCCCGUGAAACUUGCCAGAAGUCGUACUUGCGCCAGCUGCCGGAGACCACCAUGUGCCUGCUGCAUCCCAAGGAUAAGGGUGCCUGCUACGGCGAUUCCGGUGGUCCGGCCACCUACCAGGGAAAAUUGGUCGGCGUGGCCAGUUUCGUCAUCGGUGGCUGCGGACGAUCUGCGCCCGAUGGCUACGAAAGGGUCUCCAAACUGAGGAAUUGGAUCGCCGAGAAGGCCAGUGUGUAA